AUGCGGCUACUCCAACGCGACGAAGCAGGCAACUGUAGCCUUACCCCGGACCUCUCCUCCGACGAUGUCCCCCCUUCCGCGAUCCUUUCCCACACCUGGGGACCAGACGAGGUAUUCUUCGCGGACCUGGCGAAGACGCCAAGUGAUUGGCAGCACAAAGCCGGUUACCACAAGAUCAAGUUCUGUGCUGACCAGGUGAGACGACACGGGUUGCAAUUCUUCUGGGUCGACACUUGCUGUAUCGACAAAUCUGAUAGCAUCGAGCUUCAAACUGCGAUCAAUAGCAUGUUCCGGUGGUAUCGCGACGCAAAACGAUGCUACGUCUACCUGCCCGAUGUCUCUGGGCCUGCGGCCUCCGGUCAGCGGAAGAGCAAGAUGCCGUGGGAUGAUGCAUUUCGACAGAGUAGAUGGUUCACUCGUGGAUGGACAUUGCAAGAGCUCAUCGCCCCAAAAAUAGUCGAUUUCUAUUCAAAAGAAGGGGCUUGGCUAGGUGACAAGCAGUCAUUAGAGCCUAUGAUACGCGACAUUACAGGUAUUCCUGUGAGGGCUCUGCGUGGUACACCUUUGUCCGACUUUACUGUCUCGGAACGUGAGGCAUGGGCACGCAACCGUGUAACCAAAUACGAGGAGGACAUGGCGUACUCGCUCCUUGGUAUAUUUGACGUUCAUAUGCCGCUAAUCUAUGGUGAGGGGCGAGCAAAAGCACAAAGACGGCUGCGGGAAGAGGUUCAGAAAGCCAGAAAGGGGGCACGAGCAAACGAUUUCUCUGUUAUCUUCAGCCUGUCCGAGGUUCCCGAGAUUCACAAUUUUGUUGCACGAGAGAGAGAAAUUGCAGAGGUGCGCAGGGCAAUAAGCUCAGAUGGAAGUCGUCGCGUCGUUAUCAUCCAUGGUCUCGGCGGCAUUGGCAAGACACAGCUUACCGUAGCAUACACAAAGCGAUAUCGAGAUGAACAUUCCGCCAUAUUCUGGUUUAACAUUAAAGAUGAAGCGUCUAUUAAACAGAGCUUCACCAAAGUUGCGAGGCAGAUUUUGCAACAACACCCUGAUGCUAGCCGCCUUAGUGCACUAGACCUACAGGAUAGUCACAACGAGGUAGUCGAAGCUGUCAAGUCAUGGCUCAGCUUGCCAGGCAACACCGGAUGGCUUAUUGUAUACGACAACUACGAUAACCCCAGAUUGACUGACCGCACAGACGACAAGGGAAUCGAUAUUAAUCGCUUUCUUCCUACGGCGCACCACGGCUCAAUUAUUAUCACGACACGGUCAUCACAAAUCGAUAUAGGGCUUCCGAUUCGAAUCAGGAAGCUGGAAUCGAUGGAUGACAGUCUCAAGAUCCUAUCAUCGGCCUCAGGCCGAGAUGGCUUGCACGUUGACAUGGAUGCUAUCAAGCUCUUAGGAAAGCUAGACGGGCUUCCACUUGCCCUUGCUACAGCUGGAGCGUACCUGAGGCGGGUUGCAACGAGCUUGGCUGACUACCUUCGCCAUUACGAGAAAUCAUGGGCAAGGCUUCACACAAGCACUCCAAACCUGGGUUCUUACGAAGAUCGCACAUUAUGCUCCACGUGGCAAGUGUCAUACCAACAAGUCCAGGAACAAAACCCCCUUGCAGCUCAUUUACUCCAAUGGUGGGCCUACUUUGACAACGAAGACAUAUGGUUCGAACUUGUCCAACCCGAUGGUGAAGACGGUCCGGCGUGGAUAUAUGACCUAGCUGAUGAGCUGAACUUUAAUAGCGCGAUGGGCACGCUGCAUGACUUCGGAUUUGUCGAGCCACACACCUUCAGUCCAGAUCUGAUCGAAUCAAGGGGAUACAGCAUUCAUAGCUGCUUGCACUCUUGGGUCAUUCAUAUAUUAAAUCAAGACUGGGAUGGCUAUCUUGCUAAGCUCGCGGUAAAAUGCAUAGCCUCACGCGUUCCUCCACAUAACGAUGCUCAGUUCUGGCUGCUUCAAAGGCGACUUCUGCCGCAUGCAAUGAUGUCUCGCGCCACAAUUCAAGAUAGCGAUGAAGACUUGAAUCGAGCCUUUCACAGCCUAGGGGACCUUUACGCGGACCAAGACAAGCUGCAAGAGGCCGAGGAGAUGUUUUUACGAGCGCUUCAAGGGUACGAGAAGGCGUGGGGACGUCAACGCUAG